AUGUACCUCCCUCGGCCAUUGAUUUCACACCUCUACACCAACCUCGUCCGCUCGCAUCAUCCUCUGUCACCUCCCGUUCUCCUGCUGGUCGCCCUCGAACCAGACUCUUUAUGUGCCUGUCGCAUCCUCACGUCACUUCUCAAACGCGACUACAUUCCCCACAAGAUUCAACCGGUCUCUGGCUAUGCAGACCUCUCCAAGGCCGGCGAAGAGCUGGUCCGACCCAUGAAAACCACAGAAGGCGGUGGCGGAGGUGUCGUCAUCUGUCUCGGGGUCGGUGCUCUGGUUGAUCUUGGUGCCAUUUUAGGCUUAGAAGAUGAAGACUCUCCUGAGUCGAUGUGUGGUGUCGAGGUAUGGGUUCUGGACGCCAGAAGACCCUGGAACCUGUCCAACGUCUUUGGCGGUCAGCCAACAGAAUCUCCUCUCGGGGAGGUCGACGUGAACACGAGGCACAGACACCCCGGGGUCGACAAAGGAUGCAUCCAGAAGUCCUACAAGUCUGGCAAAGGCGGUGUCAUAGUCUUUGAUGACGGCGAUAUCAUGAGUGAGCUCGACGCCGAAAGACACGCGUACUACGAGUUGGUAGAAAUGCCUGAGAUCGAAGAGAACGACAGUGAUGAGGAAGACGACGAAGAGGAAGACAGCCAGGACACGUCCUCGUCGAGGAAGCGAAAAUCCUGGUCUGAUAGAGAAAAUGAGGACGAUGAAAGUGAUGGGAAUGAGGACGAGGAGAGACCUCGCCAAAGGCGGAGGAGCAAUUCGGGAUCAUCCAUCGCUUCUACGCCGAGAAGUAAGACUCCAUCCUCCUCUCAGCCGACUUCACCCAUGUCCAAAGAGCAGCCCGGAGGGCCUCCGCCAGCAAAGCAACUCCGAAAACGGUUGCGAAAGUUACGACACAGGCACGAACUCGUGCUGGAGGAAUACAGGAAUCUGGGUACUUCCUAUUCAGAGCCGGUCUCGACACUGGCAUAUUCUCUGGCGGCAGACUUGGGCCGCGAAGACAAUGACAUUCUUUGGUUGGCCAUUAUCGGCACCACCUCCCUGGAGCUCUCUGGUCACACGUCAACAGGCCUCGGGACGUCCACGACAACGCCCGCUCUUCCGCAUGAGCAUCAUAAAUCGUGGCGAUCAACGCGCUCCUCUCAAACCUACGCACUCUUGCGUGACGAAGUGAGGCGGCUAAAUCCUCCUCCUGCCGAUCAAUCCCCCUCAAUAUCUCCUGGCGCUGGUGCUACAAGUUCGCCCAGUGACACCUCGAUUCGGCUCUCGCCCGAUCCGCGGUUCCUCCUACUGAGACAUUGGUCCCUAUACGAUAGUAUGUUGCACUCCCCAUAUCUUGCAUCACGAUUACACGUAUGGAACGAAUCGGGAAUCAAGCGACUGCACAAACUGCUUGCAAAAAUGGGCGUUUCCCUAAGUCAAUGUAAGCAGACGUAUACACAUAUGGACAUGGAUCUGAAGAAGACACUCCGAGAACGUCUCUUGAAAUAUGCAGCAGUGUACGGUCUUAACGACCUCAUCCCUUCCGGAUCGGGCCGAGCUACAUACGAACAAGAAGGAUGGGGCUUCAUUCGCUCUUGGGGCUGGAAAGCACAGUUGUCCGCCGUCGAUGUGGGAGUCAUACUUGCCGCCAUACUCGACGUCGGUCCAUCCCAGGUCUCGGGCACGACUGGUGCAUCUGCAACCUACAACGGCUCAUCCCAAGCUAUCGCUGCCACCGAGGAAGUUCUAGACCGCUCUGAAGCACUCCUUCCACGAUUCUUUGCCGCCUACGACGCCCUUGCACCGAAUCAUCCUAACCACCUCCUUGCCUCAAUCCCCGCUGCCCAGCACCUACUACGCUCCAUCCUCCGGGCAGGCUCCUCUCUACUCGUCAAGCAUCAAAUCCGACACCUGCGUGCGUUCCGCAUGGGUGUCGUCAAAGACGGGCCCGAUUUGGCCUUAUUCGCGAACAGCCCGGGCGCUCUGGUCAAACUUGCUCUUUGGGUUGGUGAAGCAGUUGCAGUGAAUGAACGCGAGAAAAAAGGCCCGGAUAGUGCCACGCCACUUGUGCUUGCUGCCCUCGACGAGGCUCGAGGCACCUACAUGGUUGUCGGCACGGGCGGAGGCAUUGGCAGCGGAGAAGACCUCGAGGCCCGGAAAGAGAAGGCGGAGCGCAAAGCCAAAAAAGAAGCCGACCGAGCGCAGAAACGCAAGAUCCGCGACGAAAAGAAGGCAGCAAGAGCAGCUCAGAGGGAACUCAACGGCGACGAUAGUGACUUGGAGGACGACACCGAGUCCGAGUCCGAAGCAGAUUCCGACUCGUCGUCCGAUGAAGAAGAUGAAGCUGAGUUGGCGAAGAAGCGCAAGCGCGGCUAUGGCCAUAACCGGUUUGGGAUCGCCUUUCAAGAAGUGGUGGAAGAAACGAAUGCUCGGGUCAAGAUUGACAGUUUCGAUCAUUGCAUCGUCGAGGUCAAGAAAGAAGACCUGGGUGGAUUCCUUGAGGGGUUGAGUCUGAAGGCUGUCGUCGGGCGUUGA